AGGUGGCCACGGACCCCUUCAUCGGUACGCUGACCUUCUUCCGCAUCUACUCUGGGUCGAUCCAGUCCGGCGACACGAUGAUCAAUCCGCGCACGAAGCAGAAGGAGCGAUUCGGGCGCAUGGUGCUCAUGCACUCGAACACGCGCGAGGAGAUCAAGUCGGCUGCCGCGGGCGACAUCAUCGCGAUCGUCGGCCUCAAGGAUACGACCACAGGCGACACUUUGUGCGACCCGAAGGACCAGAUCGUGCUGGAGCGAAUGGAGUUCCCCGAGCCCGUUAUCAAGGUCGCGUGCGAGCCGAACACCACCAAGGACAACGACAAGAUGAUGGAGUCGCUGGCCAAGCUCGCCGCGGAGGAUCCGUCCUUCAGGUACAGCCGCGACGAGGACAGCAACCAGACAGUGAUCGAGGGCAUGGGUGAGCUCCACCUGGACAUCAUCGUCGAUCGCCUCAAGCGCGAGUUCAAGGUCGAGUGCUCGGUGGGCGCGCCGCAGGUGGCGUUCCGCGAGACGAUCACGAAACCCUUCGAGGGAUGGUACACGCACAAGAAGCAGUCGGGCGGGUCCGGGCAGUACGCCAAGAUCAAGGUCGUCUACGAGCCGAACCCGGGCGAGGGCUUUGAGUUCGACAACAAGUGCACAGGCUCAAUGUUGCCGCGGGAGUUCGUCGCGCCCGUCCUGAGGGGCACCGAGUCGGAGAUGCUGAACGGCAUCAAGGCCGGCUUCCCGGUGGUGGACGUGAAGACGACCAUCGUCGACGCCGCGACUCACCCCGUGGACUCCUCCACGAUCGCCUUCGAGGUUUGCGCCCGCAACAGCUGGAGGGAGGCGGGUGCCC